UUUUAACCAUGUAAAAAAAACUAAUUGUGCAACGAUUGAAAAAUGAAAAUCCACAUUACCAAAAUUGUGCAACCAAAUUCAUACGGUUAACUGACCAAUCGUUAAUAUUGGCAAAAUCACUUUUCACUUAUGGGGGUUUAUUAAACGCAAAUUUAAACAUUUUAAUUAGUGGUUUUUUGUCCUAUUAUUGUGCACAAUAGUGCAUAGAACUGUAUAUUAUUUUGAAAUUAUGUCGGUUGGGGUAUCAUUAUUGUGUAUUUUGGCUAAUAUGCCAGAUCCUCAACUGUAUUUUUCAAAUUUCACUUUCCAACUGUGGCCCAUCAAUAGAAGGAAAUGUCCAGGGAUUAAUCCUUAUUUAGAUAGUUUGUUUCAUUUGUAUACCCCGGAAAAUAAAGAGACAUCAAGAGUUAUUACACCCUUUGAUGAUCGCUCCUUGCAAAAUUCAGGAAUUGAUUUUUCUCGUAAAACGAUUUUAUUUUUUCAUGGGUUUUUGGAAUCGCAUACUUCUGGCGAUGGACAAUCUAUAAAAAAUGCAUACUUGACGACAGGAGACUACAACGUAAUCCUAGCACAAAACCAAAGGCUCCUAGCAGGUCCAGAUUAUCGUACCGCAGCUUCAAAUUGUAAACCCAUCGGACAAUUUUCAGCCCUAUUCGUUGACUACCUUGUAUUGAGAGGCUUAAACCUCAAAGACUUACAUGUAAUCGGAUUGAGUUUAGGCGGACAAAUUGCAGGAUUCCUAGGCAAUUUUGUUAAAAGUGGAAAACUACCUAGAAUCACAGCUCUUGACCCUGCUGGUCCAUUAUUUAAUCUUAAACCAGUCUCGGAACGACUAGAUAAGUCAGAUGCUGAAUUUGUAGAUGUAAUUCACUCGAACGCAGCCCUGUUUGGUAUACAAUAUUCAGUAGGGCAUGUGGAUUUUUGGCCUAACGGGGGGCGAAAACAGCCAGGAUGUCAGGACGGAGAUAAAGUGAAAAUUUAUGGACUCAGGGCUAAUUGGUUGUUGUUUUGUGACCAUUACCGAUCCUAUCAGCUAUACGUAAAGUCUAUUCUAUCACCUCAUAGAUUUUUGACUACAAAGUGUAAUGGUUAUUUGUUGUAUAAGUUGGGCUUUUGUGAUCAAAAUCAUGAAACUUAUAUGGGAUUUGCUGCAGAUGCAAAAUAUAAAGGAAAUUAUUACAUUAACACUGGAUUGGCUGGAAUUUAUGUUGGAUUUACUGAAAAAUUUCACAGUUUAAAUAAUAAUUUAGUCAAAUAA